AUGUAAAAUAUUGAUAAGCAUAUCAAUUUUCUUUGUUCAAAAAUAAAAGGGGAUGAAGGAGUAAAAUACCCCAAAGAAAACAUCGAGUAUAGUUCUGAAGCAUAGCAGUAUUUUAAAGAAAAAUUUCCUCUUGUUUUAUCCAAAAUGAAAUUCAAAUUACAAAAAAAUUAGUUUCAAGAAUUAACAAAUGAUGAAGAUUUCUUACUAACUUAUAUGAAACUAUAUAAAUUAGAUAGCUCCCAUCAAAUAUUCAAUAAUGCUUUAUAAUGUUUCAUUAGUCAUAUCAAUAAUCCAGAAAUAUUAUCAUUUGUAAUGGAUGAAAUUUCUAAAGAAUAUUAAUUUAAUGAAGAUUGGGCUGAAGAGACUGUUCCAAAAUUAAUUGAAUAUAUCAUGAAAGAGUAUCAUGUAAGUGAUAUGAUCGAAAUAAUAGUGUUUAUUUUGAAAAAUACAAAUUUCAAUUUGGAAUUAAUCUUAAAACAUAUAACAACGACAUUAAAAUUAGCGAAGCCAAAGAAAUCUUAUCAGAAGAUUGAUGAUAUGCAUCCACUUUUGAAUUUAAUUACUAAAAUAGUUUCAGUAUUCUCUCCAUCAUUGGAGCAAGCAUAAUAAACAUACAAUUUAAUUUUGGCUGCUUAUAGACAUUUUUUUAGGGAUUUAUUAAGGAAUUACGUUGCCUAAUCGUAGGCUUCAGCUGUUGGAGAGUUUCUAAUUUAAUUUAGUACUCAACUUCCAGAGAAAAUAGAUUCCAUAUUUUGUGCUACUUAAUUGAUUACAUUAUUAGUAAAUGAAAUAGCCAAUACUAUUAGUUAUUUAUAAUAUGAGAAAAAACUGAUGUCCCAAUAGAAGUUAAAAUUAUUAGAAUUAGUAAUAAACUUAUAUAAUGCAGAUAGAUUAUAUAUGAUUAAUUUUUAUUUCAAUUUUUACGAUAUCAAACAAUUACCUGACGGAGAUUGCUAUUUGUGUUAAUAUAAGGAUUAAGAAAUGUAUCAACUAAUUGAAAUUGAAACUGAAAAGAAGGAAAAGUUAAUAGAGUGCUGCAAAGGAUGUUUUUGUACCCAAUUACAAUUAAGCAAUAAUUAUGAAGAUUAAGUGUAUUUGCCAACUAUCACAUAUGGUCAUGCAUGCAAAACAAAGUGCAAUUGGAUGAAACUCUACUAUGAAAAUUAUCUUAUCACUCAAAGUGUAAAUAGUGGGAAAUAAAAUAAAAAAUCAAAAUCCAUUAGCAUUUAAAAAUUAGAUGAAAUUGCAUAGUCUCUCGAAUAAAUGUGCAUUGAUUAUAGCAGAUUAUCAGAUAUACACAUGUAUUUAUGGUACUUCUCAUAUAUGAGUCUAUUAUUCUAGUAGUUAUUUUAAACAUAUUAAAAUAUUGAAUUGAUCUUAUUAGCUUUUUUUGAAGACAAUUCUAUUUAGGUUAGAGCAAAGGUGCUUCAUUAAUUUGAAAAUUAUUGCCUUAAAGUAGUUAAAAUGCAAAUUCCAAAAAAUUAUUGUAAUUGUUAUUUUAAAUACUAGAAUUCAGUUUAUUUAAUACUUAGAAUAUAAUCGAAAGGAUAAAAUUGA